AUGGUGAAAUACUUAGCUGCAUACUUGUUAUUAGUCAACGCCGGUAAGACCUCUCCAUCAGCAGAAGACAUCAAAUCCGUCUUGUCAGCCGCUGAUGUUGAAAUUGAAGAGGAAAAGAUUGAAAAAUUGCUUUCCGAGUUGGAAGGUAAAUCAGUCGAAGAAUUAAUCGCUGAAGGUAACGAAAAAUUAUCCAGUGUACCAACCGGUGGAGCUGCCGCUGGUGGAGCUGCUGGUGGAGCCGCUGCUGGUGGAGCCACUGAAGAAGCUGCUGAAGAAGCCGCUGAAGAAGAAAAAGAAGAAUCCGAUGACGAUAUGGGAUUCGGUUUGUUCGAUUAA